AUAUUGUAUAAACUUAACCCUCCCAUCUCCAUGACACAGAGAAAUAAUGGAGAAGAAAAGCAUAACAAGCAGAGCACAUUGUUUAGUGCUAGCAUUUCCAGGUCAAGGCCAUAUCAAUCCCAUGCUUCAAUUCUCCAAGCUAUUGGAGCGUCAAGGGGUGAGAAUAACACUUGUUACUACUCGUUUCUAUUCCAAGAAUUUGCAAAACGUGCCUCCUUCCAUUGCUCUUGAAACCAUUUCUGAUGGGUUUGAUGAAGUUGGGCCCCAAGAGGCUGGGAGCCCCAAGGCCUAUAUAGAUCGCUUGUGCCAAGUUGGAUCAGAAACCUUUCAUGAGCUUCUUGAGAAACUUGGCAAAUCAAGAAACCAUGUUGAUUGUGUUAUUUAUGAUUCAUUCUUCCCUUGGGCACUAGAUGUUACCAAGAGAUUUGGGAUACUUGGAGCUUCUUAUCUCACUCAAAAUAUGACCGUCAAUAAUAUAUACUAUCAUGUUCACUUGGGAACGUUGCAAGCUCCACUCAAAGAGCAUGAGAUUUCCCUUCCCAAGUUGCCUAAACUUCAACACGAGGACAUGCCUUCUUUUUUCUUCACAUAUGAAGAAGAUCCAUCUAUGCUUGAUUUUUUUGUGGUUCAGUUCUCCAAUAUCGACAAAGCUGAUUGGAUCCUAUGCAAUACAUACUAUGAGCUGGACAAAGAGAUUGUAGAUUGGAUCAUGGAGAUUUGGCCAAAAUUUAGGUCCAUAGGACCAAACAUACCAUCUUUAUUCUUAGAUAAGCGAUAUGAAAAUGACCAAGAUUAUGGGGUCACAGAAUUCAAGAGGGAUGAAUGCAUCGAAUGGCUAGAUGAUAAGCCAAAAGGGUCUGUUGUUUAUGUAUCGUUCGGGAGUAUAGCUACCUUUGGUGACGAGCAAAUGGAAGAGCUAGCUUGUUGUUUGAAAGAGUCCUUGGGCUACUUUUUGUGGGUGGUUAGAGCCUCUGAAGAGACUAAACUUCCUAAAGGUUUUGAGAAAAAAACAAAGAAAGGCUUGGUAGUGACAUGGUGCUCCCAACUAAAAGUUCUUGCUCAUGAGGCUAUAGGAUGCUUUGUGACACAUUGUGGUUGGAAUUCCACUUUAGAAACUUUAUGCUUAGGAGUCCCGAUAAUUGCAAUACCAUUUUGGUCAGAUCAAAGCACAAAUGCAAAGCUUAUGGCGGAUGUUUGGAAGAUCGGAAUUAGAGCUCCUAUUGACGACAACAAGGUUGUGCGUCGAGAAGCACUAAAGCACUGCAUAAGGGAAAUAAUGGAGAAUGAAAAAGGCAAAGAGAUGAAAAGUAAUGCCAUUCGAUGGAAGACCUUGGCUGUAAAAGCUGUUAGUGAUGAUGGUAGUUCUCAUAAAAAUAUUCUAGAAUUUACAAAUAACUUGUUUCAUCCAUAAGCUUCAUGCAUGCUAAAAUUACCAAUUACUCGCAUAAAGACAAUUCCUAUUUUAUAUUUUCACGAAUCCCUGUGGUCAAUUGUAUUAAGAAUGUCCUUUCUAAUGAAAUCCAUGUACAACAGAUUUUAAAUGCAUUAUGCCUUGCAUAUGGCCUUCUUUGAGUAUAUAAAUACAUUAUUCAUGUAUAUGUAUAUUUUUUCCUUAAA